UACCAACGUUCUCAUAUGGUUUGAAUGUUACCCACUCGCCUGUUUUAUAGAUUUGUGAUAAAACAUUCUACAAGUUCUAUACAGGCAUGGGAUUAGCUCCCACUUGCCCUUCUACGCGCUGUCGCGUUUGAUAUCGGUAACAUUCAUUUAAACCAGGCUUCUCUAACACAAGUCUUGUCUCAUUCAGUCCCAAUUAUGGGUUUUUAUAAACUGUUCAGAUUUAAGAUAUAAUUUAUCACUUUCACGUCUAGGACAGGUAGCCCAGAGUAUUUAUUUAUUAGCCAAGUGCUCAUAACAUGAUUUCGGUCUUUGUGCUGGUCUGCCGAUAUAUUGCAUCUCACUGUGAUAGUCACAAGGGCGAUUUUACUAUUUGAAAACGUGAAAAAUGGAGAACUGCCGAGCUCGAUACCUUAUAUUUUUUCAGUACCUCGGUACAAAGUACAGUGGCGUGAUGAAGACUCCUCCACACCAGUCUACGCUAGGGGUUGAAAACUAUUUGGAGAAUGCGUUGCAGAAACUGCGGCCGCAGAACGAGGUCUGCCUGUACAUCUCGAGCAGGACUGAUGCAGGGGUCCACGCCCUCUGCAAUUCGGCACACGUGGACAUCCAGCGGCGGUCGGGCAAACGCCCCUUCACCGCGAAGGUCCUGACCGAAGCCCUGAACUACCACCUGAAGCCCGAGCCAAUCAGCGUCGUCGGGGCCUGCCGCGUGGCCGACACCUUCCACGCCCGCUUCCGCGCCCGAGCCAGGACGUACACCUACCGCCUGCUGACGGGCGUCGCGCACCACGCCCAGCUUCCUGUGAUGGAGAGGGGCCUGUGCUGGGCCUUACGAGACGCGGAGCUGAACGUCAGGGCCAUGCAGGAGGCCACGUCUUCGCUCCUGGGGACCCACGACUUCAGCACCUUCCAAGCGCUCAACUCCGAGACCCCCUUCAAGAGCCCAGUCAAGACCCUGAUGCAGGCCCGGCUCGAACCCGGGCCCGAAUCCUUCACCCAGCGCCAUUUCAACAGGAAUCUGCAGUUUUGGGAACUCACUUUCAAAAGCCCGUCUUUUCUGUACAAACAGGUCCGGAGGAUGACGGGGGCUCUGGUGGCCGUGGGCCAGGGCAGGCUGUCCGUCCCGCAGCUGCAGGAGCUGCUGGAGGUGCGGGACUCCCUGGCCUACCCCCAGAACAUGUGUGCCCCGCCCACCGGCCUCUUCCUCACCGGGGUGGAGUACGAAGAGUCAGAUCUGUUGCCGGACUCCUGAGCCUGCAAAAUAGACACAACUUGAUUGCAAGACAACCAGUUACUUACCUUCUAUGAAGUUUGCACUAAAAUGACAUGUAUUCAUGUUUUUUAUGAGAGUUGCAAUAAAGUUGUGCUUUUUGUA